AUGCCCAACUCCAAAGAGAUAUCCCGGCCUUCAGUUGCGGCCCUACCUAGGGGCGAUGGUGACAGCACGCCGAGCGAGACCCAUAGCAAAGACAGGCAUGUGGGAAGCAAUGUUGAGCUCACAUUCGCGCGCCGUGGUGAGGUCGUCGAGUCUGUUGGAGAUGUCGAUGGCUUUGAUUCGACCCGCAUGCGCGAUCGCGCGUUGCUCAAUGCUGACGAGGAGAAGGCCCUUCUGAGGAGAAUCGACAUAAGAAUCAUGACUAUUUGCUCCAUCAUCUUUCUCAUCAAGAAUCUGGACUCUGAAAACAUCUCCAAUGCUCGAAUUAUGAACAAAGGCACCCCCAGGAACAUCAUGACGCAGCUGAAGAUGUCGUCAGACGAGUACAACCUGUUAACCGUGCUCUAUUAUGUUCCGUAUAUCGUGUUGGAAGCGCCAUCCAAUCUCUUCCUGAAGCGAUUUAAGCCCAGCACCUGGCAGUCUCGGAUCAUGAUCUCGUGGGGGAUUGCUCUGCUUUGCCAUGUCCCCGUUGUCAACAAGCAAGGACUCUAUGCGACCAGAUUCCUUCUUGGAGCUUUCGAGGCGGGCAUGUUUCCCGGCGUCAUCUUGCAGAUGACGUAUUGGUAUCGACCGGACGAGAUGAGUUUGCGGCUGUUGCUUUUCUACGUGCUUGGAAACCUUUCGGGUGUCGUUUCUGGUAUUCUUGCCUUCGCGUUCGAUACAGUAUCCGGGGCGCGUGGUCUCUCGGGCUGGCAAUGGCUUUUCCUGGCGCAGGGGCUUCUCACAGUUGUUGCCGGGGUGGCGAUCAAGUUUCUUCUUCCAGACUUUCCACCUACCGCUAAAUGGCUCACGGACAAGGAGAAGGCUUUCAUCCAAGCUCGUCUGCCUCCCAACGCUCCUCGCGCUUCCGAGGCAAACUUCAACUUCCGCGAGAUCGUUGAGUCUCUCAAGGAUAUCCGUCUGUGGUUAUUCACCGGUAUCUGGGCGACCUUCACGGUUGGAACCUCUGGUGUCCGCUUCUACCAGCCGACCGUCAUCGCCAGCCUCGGAUUUGCCAGCAUCGCACGGAGUCAGCUCUUGAACCUCCCAAUUUCGAUCCUGGCCAUCAUCGUGAUCGGCGUGACUGGGUGGCUCGCCGACAAGGCCAUCGUCCCGCGCCCCUUGUUCCCACUGGGUGUGUUCGCCGUCAUCCUCGCCUGCUACGGCGUGCUCAUCGUCUUCCCCUCCAAUACGGCCGUGUACAUCGCCAUCCUCAUAGGCAACGCCUUCACCUCAGCGUUCUUCCCGCUCAUGUGGCCGUGGCGCGUGCAGACGACGUCCAAGGCGACGGGCUCUGCGUUUGCUAUCGGCUUCGUCAACAGCUACGGCCAGAUCGGCGGCGCGAUCGGGCCCCAGAUCUUCCAGGGCAAGUACGCACCUCGGUACAGAGAAAGCUUUGCGGCGGCGGCGGCGCUUGUGGGGAGCUGCUGCAUCGUGACGCUCACGACAUGGUGGGUCACUCGGCAGACUGAGGCCGACACGAGGAGGCUCAAGCGUGCUCGUAUUCAAGCUAGUAGGAACAACCUUGCUGUCCUCGAUGAUGUGGUGGAUCGGGACCUGGGGAAGAAGAAUGUCAAUUCUCUAGAGAGUGUGUGA